UUUAAUCAUAGUUAAUAUACGUCAGCCACGUUGGAACUGCCAACUCGGUGUUUUUAUGAUAAAUAUUUUAUUUUUGUCAUCUAAAUACCCGGCGUUGGCGAGUGAGCAUGAAGAUCAAGGAGCUGAAGCGGACGGUGAACGUGAGCUGGUCGCCGGCGGAGCAGGCGCCGGUGCUGCUGGCGGCCGGCUCGGCAGCGCAGCAGGUUGACGCGUCCUUCAGCAGCUCAGCGCAGUUGGACCUGUAUUCCUUGAAUUUGGAGGACCCUGGACUCGAUUUGGAACUAAAAGCCAGUCUGCAAACGCAGCAUAAAUUUCAAAAGCUAGUAUGGUCAGGAGCAGGUGUCAUUGUGGGGGGCUGUGAUGGUGGUCUCCUAGAGUUCUACAGUGCUGACAGGCUGCUCAAGAAUGCUGAAAACCCACUGCUGGGCAGCAACACUAAACACAACAAUCAUGUGUCAGCAUUGGAUAUAAACCCUUAUCAGAAGAACCUCCUGGCCUCCGGAGCCUCUGACAGCGAGAUCUUCAUCUGGGACCUGAACAACACAAGCCAACCAAUGGCUCCAGGCAACAAGAGCCAGCCGUUGGAUCAUGUGCAAGCUCUGGCCUGGAAUCAGCAGGUGCAACACAUUCUUGGUUCAACCUUUGCGUCCAGAUGCGUCGUGUGGGAUCUGCGGAAAAACGAGCCUAUUAUGAAAUUAAGUGACAACGUGUCCCGCACCCGCUGGCGCGCGCUGGCGUGGCACCCCGGCGUGGCGACGCAGCUGUGUGUGGCCUCCGAGGACGACGCCGCUCCCGUUGUUCAGCUCUGGGACCUCAGAUUGGCAGCUUCUCCGCUAGUAACACUGGAGGGUCACCAGAAGGGCGUGAUGGCAUUAUCCUGGUGUCGUCAGGACCCUGACCUCCUCCUGUCAGCCGGCCGAGACGGUCGGGUGCUUUGUUGGAACCCUAAUAACACCCAACCGGGUGGCGAGCUGCUCGUCGAAGUGGCACAACAGGAGCAGUGGGUGUUUGACGUGUCCUGGUGUGCGCGGGACCCUAGUUUACUGGUGUCGAGCUCUUUCGAGCAACAAGUCACCGUACAUUCGCUGCUGGGCGGGGGAGGCAGUGCGAGGCCUGAAACUAGCGGUCAAAACCAGUCGAACAUACUGGAGGCAUUCGGAGCGGCGUCGCUCGGACAGCUGCCGGCCGUGUCGCGCGCCGCCCCCGCCCCCGCGCCGCGCGCCGUGCUGCCCCGGGCGCCCAGGUGGCUGCGGAAACCCGUCGGAGCCAAGUUUGCCUUCGGCGGCAAACUGGUGACGUUUGAGAAGUGUCCUCAAGAAAAUCCACAGAAAAUUGUACAUAUUAGUCAGGUGGUGAGCGAACCAGAAAUAAUCGAGAUGGCGGCGGAGCUGGACGGAGUUCUCAGCUCUACUCUCAGCAACGAGCCGGGCGCCAUCGAAGCGUUAGCACAAUACUGUCGGCAAAAAGGCGACGCUGCGAGCGAGCAAAAUGAUCGCUACACGUGGUUCUUCCUCCGAGCGAGUUUCUUACCUAAUUUUAGGAGCGAAGUGCUAAAUCUGCUGGGAUUCAAGCAGGACGAAAUCCCGUCGAAGUUCAAGAGUGGAAUCGCCGACCAGACAGACCACGCUGGGCUAAGCCGGGGCGAGUCCACGGAGACCGACGCGGAACUCUCCACUGACACCAGCACUGAUCUUUCGGAUGCACACACACUGAUCGAAAGGAAACUGGCAAAUUUGGAUCUGGAGCCCCAAGCGCAAAAUGUCGUCAUUCCCAACGGAGAAGAUUCGACAAGCUUGAUCUGCCGCGCGCUGGUGUGCGGGAACCUGGAGGAGGCCGUGGAGCUGUGUCUGGACGCCAAGAGGGUGGCUGACGCCCUCAUCAUCGCCUCUCUGGGCAGCCAGGAGCUUCUCUACAAAGUCCAGAAAUACCACCUAGCGCAUUCCGGACGAGACCCGGUGGCCCUAGUGGCCAGUAGUUUGUUAAACGGCCGCUGGGAGGCGCUAGUGUCUUCCUCGAGCCCGUCUUCGUGGAGAGAUGUACUGGCGGCAUGUGUCACACACACUGAGGGCGCCGAGCUACAGCAUUACUGCGAAAUGCUCGGCAAUCGUCUCUCAAAAGAAACCGACCCAGCCCUCGCAGAGGCAGCGACAGUGUGCUAUCUAGUGGGCGCGGCGGCCGACGCCCUGUUGUCUCGCUGGGCGGCGAGGCGGAAGGACGGGGGAGCGCACGCCUUGGCAAAACUCACCGAGCUGGCGCUGCUGAUGAGGAGAGCUGCCGCCGCUAGAGGGAGAGACACACAGAAUGGCGGCAAACUGGAAGCAGUCCUCACAGAAUACGCGGGGCGCCUGGCGGCGCAGGGCUGCCUCCGCAGCGCCCUCAACAGUCUGCAGGGCGCGCCGCCCACCGAGCUGCACGCACGCCUCAACACGGCCCUGGGACUCAACCCUAGACGGCAAAGCCAACAGCAACAGCAAGGUAUGCCGCAGUUCGCGCGCUGCCGCAGUACGAGCGGUCACGCCAAGCGCGGACAUUUGGUGGCACACAACGAUGUUUCAAAUACCUACAGCGCAGUGGCGCCAUCAUACGAGCCCAACCCUUGGGCACAACAACAACAAGCCGCUCCCUCCCUCCCCGCGCAGCCCUUCUCGCCCGCCGCGCCCGCGCCGCCCCAACCCCCCCGCCCGGGCAGCGUGGGGCCGCAGUCUGCCGCUCCCUCCCUCCCCGCGCAGCCCUUCUCGCCCGCCGCGCCCGCGCCGCCCCAACCCCCCCGCCCGGGCAGCGUGGGGCCGCAGUCUGGUAAAUGUUCCGCGCUACACUACAACACAUACACAACAACAACAAGCCGCUCCCUCCCUCCCCGCGCAGCCCUUCUCGCCCGCCGCGCCCGCGCCGCCCCAACCCCCCCGCCCGGGCAGCGUGGGGCCGCAGUCUGCCCUUCUCGCCCGCCGCGCCCGCGCCGCCCCAACCCCCCCGCCCGGGCAGCGUGGGGCCGCAGUCUGGUAAAUGUUCCGCGCUACACUACAACACAUACACAACAACAACAAGCCGCUCCCUCCCUCCCCGCGCAGCCCUUCUCGCCCGCCGCGCCCGCGCCGCCCCAACCCCCCCGCCCGGGCAGCGUGGGGCCGCAGUCUGGUGGCAUAACCUCCAAAUCCAAAUACAAAGUGGACCCGUCCGUACAAUCCGCCCCCCUCUACAACCAAUACAGCUUCAAUAACCCCCAACCCCCCACUUAUGGGUUUAACAGUCCCCUUCCCGACCAAUACAGUGGGGCGACAGUCCCUAGCAGUGGGAGCUACACGUACAACCAGCCGCUAAACCCGAGCCAGCUGAACCCGACCAACCCGACUGUAAAUCCAUUGAACCCGAUGAACCCGAGUGUAAAUCCGAUGAACCCGAGCGUAAAUCCAUUAAACCCGAUGAACCCGAGUGUAAAUCCACUUAACCCAAUGAACCCGAGUGUAAACCCGAUGAACCCGGCGCCAGUAGCGAGUCAAGUGAACGGCAACUACCAUCAGGAGCGGCGGCAGGAGGCGCCGCCUGGCUGGAACGACCCGCCACCGGUUACUGCCAAACCUAAGCCAAAACAAGAAGUCCAACAACAGGCACCCAUCACCCACCCCUUAUAUGGAGUCGAACCCACGCACGUGCCUCUAAACCCUGCCCAGCAAUAUCCUGGGCAACAACAGUACCCUGGACAACAGUAUCCUGGACAACAACAGUAUCCUGGCCAACAACAGUACCCUGGACAACAACAGUACCCAGGGCAGUACGACCAGUAUCAGCAGCAACAGUACCCGCCUGUACAGCAGUAUCCUCAGUCGGCGUCACCUUUACCGGCCGUGGAAGCAAAACCCGCGCAGAAGUCUGAACUACCAGAGGAACAUAAAGUCAUGCAGAGUGUCUUUGACGCUAUUAGGGCUGAAUGCUCUAAUAGAGCUGCUAACCCGCAAAUGAAGAGGAAACUAGAAGAUGUCCAACGGAGGCUGGAAACUCUGUACGACCUGUUGCGAGAAUACCGGCUGUCGGAGACAGCAUUAAGCUCGCUCCACACGUGCGUGCAGUACGUGCAGUCGUCGGACUACGAGAACGCGUUGCACUUGACGACCACACUCGCGACCGGCGCCGACUUCGCCGCCGCGGCGUCGUUCUUGCCCGGGCUUAAAACGCUAUUCCAACUCGCGGGACAACUGCAAGUUUACGUGCGGUGAGCGCCAUGAACGCCUAUGUGCGUUUGUAGUCACUGCCAAGAACGCACAUGUGCGUUCGCUUGUUACACUGCAGUGAAUGUGUCAAUCUAACGCGAUUCUAUCCAUAUUUAAGUAUGAUAAAAUUUAUAAAUUAUUUCCAAUAUAAUUAACUUUUGAACGCUACAGAUCAAUAGUUGUCAAACCUAAAAUACAAACUUUUAAGUCUCCGGCAAGCUCGGCCGAAUUUCACCUUCUCAUUUUAAAACUACGUGUAUUAUAAUAAAACUUUGCACAUACAAUGAUAUGAAGUAUAUCUAGGUCUGAAAUUAGUUUAUAUAGCUCUAGUUUAUAAAACAAACGAAAUAGAGCUAAAACAAGUUUUGCAUGAAAAACUUAAUAUCGCUGUAUUUUUUUUACUAUGGUACCUGAAGCUACAUGAACUAAUUACAGACAUAGAUAUACCUUAUCCUAUUGUAAGUACUAUCUAGCUAGCAAUCUAGUUAGUCUUUUUUUUUUUAUUACAAAAAGGCAAGCAUUUGACCGCAAUCUCACCUGAUGGUAAGUGCCGAUGCAGUCUAGGAUGGAUCAUGCUUACCUAAAAGAUGUCUAUUCACUCUCGAUUUAAAAAGUUAUAGUGGACUGGGAAUAUAUUUGCAGGAAGUGAAUUCCACUCCUUAGCCGUUCGCAUGAUAAAGCUGGAUGCAUAGCGCUUAGUACGAAUCAGUGGCAGAGUAACGACGUAAGGCUAGUCGUUUUAUAAUGAGAGCGUAACUACGUUUGUAUGGAGAACCGACCUUGCCAGGGACUCUUUUAAGUAUUGAAAUUAUGUGUCUACCUAAUUCAUAUAUAUUUAACGCUAUUUCUACUGAGCUCGUUCACUUACCUGUACUAACAAUGGCAUUCUGUUAAACAAAAGCCAUUUUCUUUUGUGCCUGCGCGCGUGGCCAAUUGUGUGUGAGCCUCAGGCACAAAGGCCACGCGCUGACACAAAAGAAAUAAUGGCUUUUGUUUAACAGAAUGCCAUUGUUAGUACAGGUAAGUGAACGAGCUCAGUAGAGAUAGCGUUAACUAUACCUAUGUACUCAUGUUCUGGCGGCUAUUAUAAUACUGUAGCGACUGUGGUGUCCCUACGAUUAAGAGGAAAAUGGACGACCACUUCUCCACACAAAGGUAGUCCCCAUUUUCCUCUGAAUAUAACACUAUGGACAUUUGAAUGUAACAUUAUGGACAUUUGUGACGUUUUCAACCAAAACAUUGUCGCUUGUCGAUAAGGUUGAUUUCUAAUUGAAGCUAUGUAGAAAAGACGCCUUACUGACAAGCGACAAUAAGUACCCUUUUGGUUGAAAAUGGCACAUUUAGAUGACUUGAUGUAUAAGUAUUAACCGUAUUAACCAUAGCUUUCAUGUAACUUUUUAAAAUUUGUCUUUUUCUUUGUGUAAUAGAAUACUUUCUAUCGAAUUCAGUCAGGGAUAAGGUACCUCGUAUGCAGAGAUGGGCAUUAAUCGAUUAAUCUUUUAGUUAACUAAUAAAUCGAUUAAAAAUAUCAAUCGUCAUUUUUUAAUCGCGAUUAAUUUAGUUGCGAUUAAAUUAGUUGUGAGAAUGUUCGACUAACAACUAAAUUAGUUUUAGUUUCAAUCGACUAAAUUUCACGAUUAAAUCUAUAUUAAAACUACGUAGUCGCCCGUUUUUGCAUUUUUUAUCUUGUAAUAUGUAACUACAAGUACGUAUGUAUGUAACAUACGGAGGUACUCGUAUGUUGUAACUAUGUUAGUUUGGGUAGAAUUUUGCGACUUAUUUUGAAGCAGAUAUCUUCAUCCGAUUGAGCUAAAAUUAUGUAUACACGUUUAAUUUGAAAUGCUUGAAUGACAAUGCAAAUAAUGCCAUAAUAUUAUUAUAACGAUAUAUUGGUAAUAACGACAAAUAGCGAAAAACUGCAUUGUUUACAAAUCGCAAACAAUAAAGUAGGUUGGUGGAUUAUUAAUACUUUGAAUUAUACGAUACUGAGUAAAUCUUAGACAUAGAAACUAUCAAUAUUUCGCUGUCUCUGACAAUAGUAAAACUCUUUUUAGUGUCACGCGGUGACAAAACAAUGGGAUAAUCCUACUUACCUGGAACUGGAAGUUGUUUGUUGCAUUUUGGUGCAAGUGCCGACGCAUCUUCUAAAAAUAACACGUUCUAUGAAUGACACAUCUGCAUGUUGUUUAUUAUCUACGCGGUCUAUUUUGUUUUCAACGUGUGGUCAUUAAACUUACUUACUUUAGUAGCAAAAUAAUAGUGAGAACAGAUCUCACUCCUUAGAAACGGUCAAAAUAUCGUAAGUAAUACAUGACUAUUUUAUUUUUAAACAUCCGUUAAGAUGUCCUAAUCAGUCUGUCAACAUAGCCAUACCGAGGUAUUCUAUACAAUUUGCUUCUAACAUUAGUCGCGAGAAAAUAGUCUAACUAAUUAGUCGAUUACAAAAUUUAGUUGUCCGAUAUCAAUCGGCAACUAAUUUAGUUGCAACUAAUUUAGUUGCAACUAAAUUAGUUGCACUCUAUACAACUAAGAUUGAUCAAUCGUCGUUUUCAAUCGUCAGUCGCAAUUAAUUCUUGUAAUCUUAAUCGUUAGUCGAUUACAUUUUGCCCAUCUCUGCUCGUAUGUAUCGAAGUUAGUUAUUACUCGACUGACAAGCGAAUGGUGAUGUUUUGUUCAUCUACCUCAUUGAAUUCCAGUCUCCAUAGACCCUUAAAAUUAUCCCUUAUAGUAGAUCUAUACAAUACUUGGUUUUAUUACUGAUUACAGUAUAAUCUCACUAAUCCGGCACUAAUGCUGACACAAAGAGAGCCGGAUUACUGGAAAAUUCGGUUUACUGGAAGUUAGAGCAAAUCUGCAUAUUAUUGAUGUGUUUUAGUAUGUCGUAGAAAUACAUUUUACUAAAAUAAUAAAUUAAAAAAAAAACUACUCUUAUCUGGACUCUUAGCCCAUUUAUAAAGAGAUUGAAGGGCGAAAAUAAAAGCGCACAUAGUAAAUUAGGACAUAGAAUGAUCAUUUGUAUACCAAUUUUAUGGCCGUAACACACCAUCACACCGCACCAAGGUCAUUGUGCGACGCAUCCAUAAGUAAGAGAGAGAAAGCGAUAUCUCUUUCUCGCUCUUACGUUGUUACUUACGCUCUGUCGCUGUUACGACCAUUAGUGCCGGAUUACUGGGUAUACCGGACCAUCGAAGUGCCAGAUUAUCGUGAUUACACUGUACUAUUAACGACCAAUAGAAACUUACUAGAAUAUAAUGCGCAGACUUUCCAUAAAUGUGCUCGUUAUUAAACUUAUUAAUUUCAUAAUUUAUACAUUACCUAUAAAUAAAACUAUGAAAACGGAUUAUAUCGCGUAUAUUUAAUUUAUAAUAAAUCCCAUUCCCAAUUUAUAGUUUUAUUUCAUGAUUAACUAUCGCGGUAACCGAAGACAAUAUUAAUUUAUACAUUGUUUUAUGUUAGAUUGUUUGGAACUUUAAAACACAUUUAAAUUAAAAAUUGUGUUAUUGUUAAUUUUUUUAUAUUAUCCGAUAAGAUCUAUCAAGUCGAUGAUGUAAGUUAUUAUUUUGUGCCUUAUUUUAAUUAUGCUAUAAAAAAUGUACUUCUACUAACAGUGCCACUUAACAAUUUGUGACGUUUUCAACCAAAAGGUACUACAUUGUCGCUUGUCGAUAAGGUUGAUUUCAAAUUAAUGCUAUAUGGAAAUAGCGCCUUAUUGACAACCGACAAUAAGUACCCUUUUGGUUGAGAAUGACACACUUCGUAAGUGACAAUAAAAACUCACUAAUUACUACCAGAAGUUCUGAGCCAUAUUGAAAAUCGAUGGAAAAUCAAAACGCAAAAUUGUUUAGAAACUGAGGCCAAAUGCCUGACACAUAUACACUCAACACAAGAGCAAUUAAUUCAGCUCAUUGUAGUUAGAAAUUAUAUAUAUGGUGACCGAUUUUCGAUGCUCUUUCGUGUAAAAAAAAACGCAUGCAUGCGUUUAAUUUUCGAUAUCGCUAUUGGUAAAAACGUUAUUUGAUCUAUCAUUACUAAUAUUAGAUAAAAAAUUGUGCAUUUAAAUGAUUUAGUAAGGCGUUUGUUAAUCAUAAAAUUUACUAUUUGUUCCUUAAUUAAUAUUUAUUUUAUUAAAUUCUAACAAUUAUAUCGUACCCCACUCCUAAAGGGUAGUACAUAUUUAUUACCCAAAGACACUAAUAAAAUGAAUGCGAGUGUACUUUCGUACUGAAGUAUGACGACUAUAUUGUUUAAAUUAAUGUAUUAUUGUAUAAUAUAAUAAUGUAUUAUAGAUUUAUAAUAACAAUGAAAUAUAUUUUUAGAAAU